CCUCCGCCGUCUACACUGGCGGCGCAAUUGGUGGAAAACAUUGCGUCGUCUACGAAAGUCUCUCGAUCCGAUGAGAAUAGUGAGCUCAAGGGCCUCUUGGCCAUCAUUCAGCGCGUAAAAGAUAAUCCUGACCUCCUCAAAACACCAAAUGAUCGGAUUGAGCACAAUCACAUGCUCAUCUAUGUAUAUUGCCGAGUGGUUCUUGAAAACAUCAAACUCGAUGACCCAUUUCUUGAUCGUGCGACUGUGCGAGCUGAAUCCCAGAAAGCGAUCAAUUUUUUGCGAUUUACAAUCAAAGAAACGCCAUCGGUACUGCUCCAUCGGAACGGGAAUCGAGGGCUACUAUUUCGCAGCCAGGAACCCCUGUGGGUUUGGCUUCUGCCACAGCUGCUGAGGCUCUUAGGACACCCUCAGUGUCUUGAUCUGGACAGCUCCAUUGAAGGAUUUUUACAGUAUAUCCUCCUUCUAGUUGCACGCACAGGGAGUCUUUGGAAAGUAGCUCCAUACUUGGGACUGUAUCUCCGUGCAUCAUUAGCCUCGCUCCUUGAUCAUCUCCAAAGCCCAACUCUCGCCACUUCUCAUACAGAACUCAAUACGAACCUGGAGCUUCCUCCACCUUUUGCCCUUGACCAAAUUCUAGAUAAGGAUUGGGAGCACGCAAGUAAACGCAUCUCUUACUCGAUUCAUAUCGCAUCGCAGGGAUUGCGUCUGGCAUCCAGCUUGGCGAGAGUGCUCGCCUACCCCUUGAUAUCCCCUGAUCCGGCGUUCUCUAGCAGCGUAUCAUUGUUAGAGAAUGGGCCCUGGCUUAUAGAUUCCUUUCUGGACUUGCGGCAUAUCCAAAAGCGAUUGGAACUAUCAUCCCAAUGCACACCGCUUCCUCUUAUUGAACUGACCAUGGAUAUAAUCAAAUCUGCGAUUACCAAUGACCAUCCGAGUGCCUCACUCGUUGAAAAAUCAUGCGCUCUCCUUAUACUACUCUGUAGCGAAAUGAUUUCUCCUCCCGACGAGCUCGUUCAAUCGACUCCAGCAGGCGAGCAGGCGAGGUCCACCUAUGGCAUGGCCCUUCUGAUUAUCACCAGAGCAUCGUUCAAGUGUUAUACGAUAGGCCGUUUUGCAGCCUCGAAGCUUGUUCAAGAACUCAUCCUACUUUCAUCGCAGUUUUUGGUUAUCGGAGAGGAUACUGAUAUUUGGAGAUGCGUGACUUUUCUUAGGCAAGCCAUUGGAUCUCUACCACAGGAGUCCAUUCAAGACCAUGUACACCCGUCGAAAUUCCAAGACGACGAGCUUCGCAAAUGCGUUCAAGAUCUGAGUCUAGAUUACAAGGCAUCCAAUGAAACAAUACACGCGAAGAAACGGAGAAAAUUGUCUGAAGAAAAGACAGAUUCAUUAGAAAUUUUGACACAUGGGAUAUUUGAGACUCUCCAAGUUGCUCAACCAUCGGAUGAUGACGUUGUAUUGUUGGAACAAAUCUUUCUGGACGGAUAUGAGAAAUGUAGUCAACCAAACCAAUCACUAGCUUUGGACCUUCUAUCCCGGAUAUGCUGCGUCGCCGAUAAUUCUGCUCGCGUAAGAAACUCCACGGAGUCUCUUGCACCACCCAUAACAUGCCCGGUUUGUGAUGAAGGUUCUUCUAGCUCACCAACUAUCUCGCCACACAAUGCAAAGAGCGAAGCUAGACAAAUAUUUUCCAAAUUGAUUCGACUACCCGAGUUUUUAGAAUCUAGGAAGCCCCGAGUUGCCGCCAUGAUUGCACUAAGAAGACUUGUAUUGCAUUGUGAGGACGCAGCUUUUCUAAAUCUAGAGACCUCAGGGCCGGGUCAAUGGUGCCUACAAUCGCUCAACAGCUCUAUACGAGAGCUUCGUAUUUCAGCAGGAAGAACGCUGGCGCUUUUUAUGCCAUCCAAGCCGACUUACUACAUGGAGGAGGCUUUACUUUCACGCAAUAGAAAGAAUUCAAUCGCUCUUCUUAGAUCAGCCUCUGAAGCAGACCAACCACUCAUGAGAGAAACUCGAAUCCUAGCCUGGGGUCAGUUGGGAAGAGUUGUGACAGAAGAAGAGUUGAAUUUGGUCCUCAUAAAGCUUUUGGAAUACUUGGGAAGCAGUAAUAACAUCGAAUCGGCAUUUGCUUUCAAUGAGCUGCUAAGUCUCGCUGAAGCGCGACGUACUACUCCUCGGCGCCUCUUUGAGCCUUUCUGGAAGAAUCUUGCCUAUAUGGCGACCAAGGAUAUAGUCCAACGCCCACAACGAAGCCGAGCCAUAGCAGAGCUGUUACAGAUUUCUGUGAAUGAGCUUCUGCUUUUAAUCCAGUCGCAUGCACUCCCAUGGCUUGUCUUGGACAAACGCAAAGACGUGAUUCAGAAAAUUGCAGAGGCACGCCAGGAGACGGAGAUAUGGCGUCCCCUCAUGGAUAGCCACAAUACAGCCUCAGUAUUGUCGCUUUUACUAUUACAGGAAUCCGAAAAUAUUGAGGAGUUUGUCAAAUCUAGUCUAGAUGAGAUAUCUCCCCAUUUUCAUGCCCUCCGUCUUGCAGACAUUGUCCAAUCUGAGCCUGUGCUGACGGCUAUAGAACUGCUAAAGGCUGCAGCGGGUGCUGAUGAAUCGCGUAAACGACAGAUACAAAAAGCCUUGACAAUGAUGGCAUCCAUGGUUCUAGGCUCCGUCAAAGAAACAAGAAAUCGGAAGACUGACUUAGUCGGCCGAUUUCUACAAUCACAUAUUCUUGGACUUAUGGCUCGGUUUACGGAUGUCAUAAAUGACUCGACGUCGAUUCAUCCACGAGUCAUGGAGCAGAUAAGCUGUAUUCGUGCUUUGGAAGAAAUGAUUCGAAUUUGCCAGUCAUACGCAAGAAUUGCACGUCCGCAGGUACGUCGAAAGAGAGCGAUUUUACUGCGGAUAUCAGCUUGCCUUUUGUCAGCCGCAUCUCAAGACUCAUUACGCGAGCCAGCCCUCUCGUGCUGGGCAGCAAUGCUCAAAUACUUUGAUGAAGAAGAUGUUGAAGCUCAGCUCGAGGCCACCUUCUUCAUCGUGAAGCGCUAUGGACCCCAACUAGAGCCACCCGCAAUGACCAUACUAAAAGACAUGCUUAAGAAUCUAUUACAGAAAUAUGAGCAUGUUGUGGAAAAGUUCAUUACACGCCUUCCAUCACUAUCUCAUGUUGCAGCAUUGAGCGAUAUAGAGGCUAAGCUGAACACCUUCCGGCCGUCUCUUGUCUUUGAAGAAAAUCUGGAUAUCUUCUCACAAAGAAUUAACCAUGACUAUUCCGGCGUUGUUCAUCAAGCGCUGAUUGACCUGGCACCGUACCUAAGAAGCAACCAAAACGCUCUCUAUACAUCGGCUAUCAGUCAGCGACCGGAUAACGUGAUUGCUACACUGCUGAGGACUCUUCUGGAUUGCGCAAGUAAAUACAACGGAGCGCAAGCCGACAUUACUCGACUUUGCGUUGAAUGUGUUGGGCUUAUUGGUUGUCUGGAUUCGAACAGAAUCGAAGCAGUACGGGAGCAACGUUCCAUUAUAGUGCUGGAUAAUUUUGAGGUGAUGGAAGAAGCUACCGAUUUCGUCCUUUUUCUACUUCAAGAAGUAUUGGUGCCAUCAUUUUUGUCCACAACUGAUAUGAAGCUUCAAGGAUUCUUAUCAUACGCCAUGCAAGAGCUUCUUGAACGAUGCGAAAUCAGGUCAGCUUGCAGCAACCAUGCAGCUGGACUAGCUGGUGGCAGCGACAUAUACCGCAAGUGGAUGACCUUACCGGAAUACGUGCGUGAGGUAGUGGCGCCAUUUCUAAAUUCAAGAUAUAUGGUGGCGCCAAUGAAUCCUCAAGCUGUAGAGUAUCCCAUAUUUCAUCCGGGAAGACUUUAUGGCAAUUGGUUGCGAGCGUUUGUUGUAGAUCUCUUACGAAAGGGGCAGCACCCAUAUGCUGAUAUGAUCUUCGAACCUUUAACUCGGAUUAUCCGCGUCAAGGAUUUAUCUACCGCAGAGUUUCUGUUCCCAUACCUAGUUCUGCAUGUUCUUUUGGGUCCUAGGAGCAGCCAAACAGAGAAAGACCAAAUUCUUGGAGAAAUCUUGCACAUAUUGAAUUACCAACCCUCGCCUGACGCGUCAUACCAAGAAAGAGAGGACAUGAAGCGUUUUUGCCAUGUUGUUUUCCAGACUUUGGAUUACGCUAUGAGGUGGAUACAUGCUAAACGAUCAAGCCGGUUGACCGAAGCUGCGAAACAGAAUGUGUCAAGAAUUCAAAGGCUUUUGGAUAGUAUUCCUGCUGAGUUGAUAGCCCAACGUGCAAUUGACUGUAACGAGUACGCUCGAGCUCUCUUUCAUCUGGAGCAACAUGCACAAAAAACCGAGCAAGCCAAGAGAGAGCCAGGAGACCGGACGCGCCUUUUGCAGCAGUUACAAGAUAUAUAUGCCAACAUCGACGAGCCGGAUGGCCUUGAAGGCAUAUCAGCUCAUUUGCAUGUUCUGGAUAUCAACCAGCAGAUAUUGAGUCACAAGAAGGCGGGACGAUGGGCUGCAGCACAGACUUGGUAUGAAAUGCAGCUCGCCGAGAAGCCGGACAAUGCAGAAGUGCAGAUAGAUUUGCUCAAUUGCCUAAAACAGGCGGGCCAGCACGUAGACGUUUUACUCAAUCACGUUGAGGGAAUGCGAACGGAUUCGCUCAGCAAUGACAAUAGAAUCAUGCCUUUUGCAGUUGAAGCUGCUUGGGUCACGGGUCGCUGGGAAAAUCUGGACAGAUUCAUUAACCGAUUCCAAGGCAAUGUCUUGCAGGACUUCAAUAUGUCUUUAGGAGUUCUCUUAGAAGCUCUAUACAAGGGCGCUGCCAAAGAGACCUUCAUCGAGACUGCUAAGAUGAUGAAGGAGAAUAUCGCCCUCUCGAUGACUUCAUCGACAACCGCAUCACUCCAAGCCGCGCACGACAUCAUGUUAAAGUGUCAUGUCCUGACUGAUUUGGAAAUCAUCAUUGGCACUAAACCAGAGAACGAUGAAGAGCGUAUGAAGACAAUGUCCCUUCUCGAAGGCCGAUGUGAGGUGAUUGGAGCAUACUUUAGUGAUAGACAAUAUGUCUUGGGUAUACAAAGAGCGGCUAUGCAGCUCUUGCGACCAACAUUCUCCGAUAUUGAUAUAUCUGGGCUAUGGCUGGCUAGCUCUCGUCUAGCUCGAAAGGCAAAUUCUUUGAACCAGUCGUUCAACGCAGUGUUGCAUGCAUCACAGCUCGGGGACGAUGCAGCUACCAUCGAAAACGCAAAACUACUGUUUAGAGAUUCGCAACAUCGCAAAGCAAUCCAAUUCCUCCAGGGAGCCAUUGAGCAGAACAGAUUCAUGACCAAAACGAAUUCAUCGCUCAGCAUGGGAUCUGCUAGCAAUUUAAACAACCAUCAAAAGCUGCUCACAGCCCGUGCACAACUUUUAUUAGCGAAAUGGCUUGAUGCAGCUGGCCAGACACACGCCGGUGCCCUUCGUGAAAAAUACCAGCAACCACCCAAGACGUAUUCUACAUGGGAGAAGGGUCAUUACUACCUUGGCCGCCAUUACAAGAAAAUAUUGGAAUCUGAACAGCCACUCAAGGUGGAUGAUCAAAGCGACAAUUAUGUCACUGGCGAGAUUGCCAGGCUUGUCAUUGAGAAUUACGUGAGGUCUUUGAAUUCGGGUACCAAAUACCUGUACCAAACCCUCCCAAGGAUACUCACGCUUUGGCUUGAACUUGGAGCGCAGGUUGAUAAAGCCCCGGAAGGCAAAGUUUCGCUAUCGCGGGAACUUCACAAGCGCAGGCUUGAGCAAUUGGGCUUACUGCAUUCGUUCCUGGACAAGUACAUACAUCGCCUACCGGCAUACAUUUUCUACACGGCCCUGUCGCAAAUCGUUGCUCGAAUAGCGCACCCCAACGCCAAUGUCUUUGAGCGCCUAACGCACAUCAUUGUGAAGGUUGUGGAAGCCCAUCCUCGCCAGGCGCUAUGGAGCUUGAUCGGUAUCAUGACGACUCGGCAAGCAUCUGAAAGAAAGGCUCGCGGUUCCCAGGUUCUCCAGACGCUCAAAAGCGUGUCCAAAAAGGCCGACGGUGGCUCAUACGAUUUGAAAUAUUUGAUUAGGGCGGGUGAGAAGCUAGCAGAGCAGCUGUUGCUGGCUUGUCACAACGGUGACUUUCGUGGCAACAAGACUGUGCAUGCCAGCCUGACGAAAGACUUGAGGUUCAAUCAAAAAUGCACGCCGUGCCCAUUGGUUGUCCCCGUGGAAAGCGGGCUGACGGCUACUUUACCGGCUGUUUCAGAACACGUAAAGAAGCAUAAAGCAUUUUCGCGUGACGUGGUGUCAAUAGAUUGCUUCUUGGACGAUGUGCUGGUGCUGAGCUCUAUAGCUAAACCUAGGCGCCUCACAGCGCGAGGUAGCGAUGGAAAGUCUUACAUGCUGCUCAUCAAACCAAAGGACGACCUUCGCACAGAUCAGCGACUAAUGGAAUUCAACGGGAUUAUCAACCGUUCGCUAAAGCGAGAUGCAGAAUCCAGCAAGCGACAGCUGUAUAUACGGACCUACGCCGUCGUGCCCCUCAAUGAAGAGUGUGGUAUCAUUGAAUGGGUGCCAGGGAUUAAGACGAUGCGAGAUAUCUUGAUCGGUCUCUAUGCCUCACAGAAGAUACACCCAGACUAUAACUCUCUUAGACAGCUGAUGGAGGAAGCAUCGACGUCUGAGAGCAAGAUUGGUCUGUUCACGAAUGAUGUGCUGGGACGAUUCCCUCCCGUGCUUCCAUUGUGGUUCAUCCAGCAAUUCCCCAAUCCCUCAGCUUGGUUCAGCGCACGUCUAAGAUACACGCGGUCAUGUGCUGUCAUGUCCAUGGUUGGCACAAUCCUCGGGCUAGGGGAUCGACACGGAGAAAACGUAAAUUUGGAAGAAGGCAGCGGAGGGAUAUUUCACGUCGAUUUCAACUGCCUAUUUGACAAGGGCCUCACAUUUCAAAAGCCAGAGCGCGUUCCCUUCCGCUUGACCCACAACAUGGUUGCAGCAAUGGGCAUCUACGGCUACGAAGGCCCGUUUCGAAAGUCGUCUGAGCUGACGCUGAGCAUUCUCCGACAGCAAGAGGAAACACUGGUGACCAUUUUGGAGGCAUUCGUCUAUGAUCCCACGCUAGACUUGCAAAAGGACAAGGGAAAGUCGAAGAGAGAUGUCGGAGUGAGGCUGCAGCCGCAGAGCGUGGUGGACAGUAUCAAGAGGAAGGUCAAGGGACUGUUGCCGAACGAGAGCAUUCCCCUGGGCGUCGAGGGACAAGUGGAGGAGCUGAUAAAGCAGGCGGUCAACCCAAGGAAUUUGGCAGCCAUGUACAUUGGAUGGUGCCCGUUUCUGUGA